AGUUUGAUUCUGUUUUCAGCGCGAGCGAGCGCGUGUCCUUCCUCGCGCAGUUCUGCUGAUGUUUUGAUUGACAGGUCAUUUCUAAGGCUCUUUUCAGCCGGUACACAGCUCAAGCUGUUCGUAGGUCGCUCUUUAUGAGGUAUUUACAAGGAAAAAUGGCCGUUUUGACAUCUGGAGUCACUUAUACCAUUUUUUCUCCUUACAGUAAAAUGUUUAUCGGUGGCCUCAGCUGGCAAACCUCACCAGACAGCCUUAGAGACUAUUUCAGUAAAUUCGGGGAGAUCAGAGAAUGUAUGGUGAUGCGCGACCCCACCACCAAACGCUCCAGAGGGUUUGGCUUCAUCACGUUCGCAGAUGUUUCCAGUGUAGAUAAAGUCUUAGCUCAACCACACCACGAAUUAGACUCCAAGACGAUUGAUCCUAAGGUCGCCUUUCCUCGACGUGCCCAAGCCAAGAUGGUCACAAGAACAAAGAAAAUAUUUGUGGGUGGAUUAUCCGCGAGCACAGUCGUUGAAGACGUGAAACAGUAUUUUGAACAAUUUGGAAAGGUAGAAGAUGCCAUGCUAAUGUUUGAUAAAACUACAAACAGACAUAGAGGCUUUGGCUUCGUAACGUUUGAGAAUGAAGACAUUGUAGAGAAAGUCUGUGAAAUUCAUUUUCACGAAAUCAAUAAUAAAAUGGUAGAAUGUAAGAAGGCCCAACCAAAGGAGGUAAUGUUUCCUCCAGGCACGAGGGGGAGGGCGAGAAGUCUUCCGUACACCAUGGACGCCUUCAUGCUGGGCAUGGGCAUGCUGAGUUAUCCAAACAUUGUGGCAACGUAUGGUCGUGGAUACACAGGAUUUUCUCCUAGCUAUAGCUACCAGUUUCCAGCAGGUUUCCCAGCGACGGCGUACGGACCCGUGGCAGCGGCAGCAGUGGCGGCGGCUCGAGGCUCAGGUAGGGCGACCCGGGGAAGAAGCGGCUACAUGGCGUACCCACAGAACGCAGGGCCAGGGUUCCCUGAUUACGGCUUUUAUUCUGGGCCCGGUGACCAGCGGGCCGCUCCCUGCUCCUUUGCCGACUAUGCCACCUUGGGGCCCCAUACGGGUCAGAUGCUGCAAAGCGAGCACGUCACCUCCACCUGCAACUCACCCUCCCAGCACCACCCAAGCCCGGACCACUUUAAGAGCUCAGGUGCUAACCCUCCUCGGCCUGGAGGUUUUCCCGGUGCAAACAGUCCUGGACCUGUGGCAGACCUGUACGGCCCCAGCAGUCAGGACUCAGCUGUGGGAAAUUACAUCAGUGCUGCCAGCCCCCAGCCGGGCUCCGGGUUCAAUCACAGUAUCGCAGGUCCUUUGAUCGCCACAGCAUUUACAAACGGAUACCACUGAACGCUUAAGUGAAGAUGCGGCACCGACUCAUUGAAGAGUUCGCCUGGAGGCCCUGGGAAAAUGGCCGGAGUCUCCGAUUGGUUCAUGUACAGUUGAUGUCAUAAAGACUUCAAGCACUACAGGUUCUGAUUGGUGAAAGGACAAGGGGGGGUGGAACCAAAUAAAGAGGACAAGAAAAAUGCGAUCAUCUCAGAAAACAAAACAUCACAACUGCUGUUAACAGUAAUCCAGCCCUCCUGUCACUGCAGGACUCCAUUUUUAUUUUCUUCUUUUCCCUUUCUGUAUGCUUUUUAAAUGACUUUGGCUUUUAGAGAAACAUACUUAGAUGAGUGAAUUAUUCAGUUGCGUAUGUCACGAAUCUUUUAAGUUUUUUUCGCUCAUUUUAAGUGUUCACAAGUGUUGUCGGAAUCAGUUUUGGUGCCAGUUACAUUUUUCUUUGCACACUUGGACAGACGCCACGCUGAAAGACACCAUGUCAUUCAUCUAUUGGAGAAAAAAAAAAAGAAAAUGACUUAAAUCUUAGUAGCUGUUUUUAAUUGUUAAGUCUCAUUGUUGAUCAUAAUGACCUAUUUUUGGGCAAUACAGAGGGAGAGGACUCCAAUAUUUUUAUGGUCCUUUUUAUAUAUAUCUAUAUCUAUCUAUCUGUGUUGUUGUUGGUGUCAUUUAGAAAAAAAUGUAUACUGUAACAUUUUUGUUUUCAAAUGAAAACAUGGUGGUUUCAAAUAUAAGAGAAAGAAAUGUAACUGUAAAUAUACUUCACUGCAUAUAACCAGUUCAGGCAUAUUUUUCUGAUGGUGUUUCGAAAAAAUCAGGGUGAAAUUAAUAGACCGUAUGAUGGUGGAAAAAAAAAACAAAAAAAAACUCCAGUAACACAUUAUGAUUUUUCUAAUUAGUGUACACACAUGACAUGAUCUGAAUCAUUUUACAGGUGUGAUACCAGCAUACUCACGGACAUGAUAACAUGAGCUGAAUCUUUCGUCAUUCACCGUGGAGUUUCCAAAACACCACUCCCGUCCAAAGCACACUGUGUGUAGUGAUCAACAAAAGGACUUUUUCCUGUGUUCUGCACAUUCUGACACUUUUAUACUCCUGAGGAAAAAAAAAGAAAAAAGAAACUUACUAUGUUGUCUGUUGUUGUUAAUGUUGUCUAAUAGAGGACGUUCCUCUUGAUUUUGGAAACCUGUCGUGGACUGUACGUGAACAAUGCGGUUUAUUUCACUUUUGACUGAAGCAAACAAGCAUUUUUAAUGAAUCAUACCUCAGUCCUGUGAGAUUUCAUUUAUUCUGAGUAAAUCAAGUGUACGGAGGAAGCUUUGCACGGUGUACAAAAAGAACGGCGGUUUUCUCUUUGCACAUGCUAGCUGUCACGAGUGACCUUACAGAGAUUUGAUGUAUGAAAAAUUGUUGCUUUUUAUUUUUCUGCCACUGGCGUCCAGAACGCAGGUUGAGAAGAAGCCAAACGAAAAGCAAUCUAUUACUGGUGCGCUCAGAUUCCAUUUCAAGGACAUAGCGAACCUUUUAUCUGAAAUAUUGACAUAUUUUAAUAUACAGCCAGUUGAAGACACUGGAGAAAAAAAAAAUGUUGACCCGAAACCCAGAGCUGCUGAUUUCUUUCAAGUUGAAGAGCUGUUUUAGGUCAAAUGCAUAUAUAUAUAAAAUGCUAAUUUUUAAUGUUAAAUGAUCUGAUAUGUAUAUUCUGAUGUAAAUGUGUCUUCUUUUUUUUCCUGCUGCAGAUGUAAACUGUUUUGUUUGAUGACUUCUGUUUUAUUUGGUGUAGUCUGGUGGCCAGAGGCACACGCGCUAAACGACGGAGCCUCGAAAAGAUUUACAGAGCCAGUCACGUAAUAAUAUUUAAACAAACGAAGGGAACGGAGCAAGGGAAGAAAAGUAUUGUAAUGUUCAAAUGUAAAAGAAAAAUGUAAAAACAAAACAUUAAAAAUUAAACCAAGAUGUUUGUUCACUGA